AUGAGCUCAGCACCACCAUCCAAGUGCGAUCCAUGUCCGAGAACUCCCCUAGGCAUGGUGGCAGUCAUUUAUUUGAUCGGCUUCUUCCUGGCCGCGGCCAUGAUCAACAGCGAAUUGUUUGAUCCCUCGGCCGUGCUGCUGACGCUCUUUUGCGCAGCUCGGAUGCCCGCGUGGAUAGGAAGGGUGGUUUUUGGCGUGAUGUAUGUCAGCAUCCUGGCGAUGUAUCUGCCUGACAGUGCCAGUGGGGCGGUGGCAGCCCGGGAGGUCUUCCGUUUGAUCGACCAGAGCAGUAAGAUCGAUGCAGUACAGCCGGAGGGUGUCGUCUGCAGCCUGGGGGAUGGCAGCAUUUCUCUCAAGGAGGUGGUCUUCUACUAUCCGCAUCGGCCCGAGACCAAAGUCCUCCAGCGCAUCUCACUGACGAUUCGCAGAGGGCAGAAAGUCGCCUUGGUGGGCUACUCUGGAAGUGGCAAGUCCACGGUGAUUCAGCUCCUCCUGAGGUUCUACGAUCCGCAGGAGGGGCUCAUCCUGGUUGGAGGAAGGGACCUAAAGCAGCUGAACGUGCGCUGGUGGCGCCAGCAACUGGGUUUGGUGAGCCAGCAGCCGAUCCUCUUCGAUAUGACCCUGGAGGAGAACGUCAAAUAUGGAUACGAAGAGGCGACGCAUGAAGAGGUCGUCGAGGCUGCACGCCUUGCGAAGAUGGAUUAUGUCUUAGAUGGCCCCAGGCAGUGGUCGGACCUGGUGGGGCUCAAGGGCGAACAUUUGAGUGGCGGGCAGAAGCAGCGCUGCGCCAUCGCACGGGCCUUGGUGCGGAAGCCGCAGAUCCUGUUGCUGGACGAGGCGACCUCGGACUUGGACGCUGCCUCGGAGGCUUUGGUCCAAGGGGCCUUGGACCGGGCCAUGGCCAAUGCCUUUUGGUCGCCCAAAGCGUUGGGAGACCGCCAACUGGUCACCAGCAUCACGGUGGCCCACCGCCUGUCGACGAUUCGGAACUCCGAUCGGAUCUUCGUGCUGCUGGAGGGUCAGGUCAUCGAGCAAGGCACCUACAGUGAGCUGGUGGCCAUGGGUGGAUCCUUUGCCCAGCUGGCCGCCCGCAGAAACCCCUCCAAGGGGGACUCUUCGACUUCUCCCUCGCCCUGGGCCCGCCCUCAGGCGGGAGGCGAGCUGCGGCGGAUCCUCAAGGACCGCAGCGAAGCGCUCUUUCCGAACGAGAAAGAGAAGGAUGGUAAGGAGUUUCAGGUUCGUCCUUAUCAGCGUUUGGCCUAUGGCGCCCUAGACUUUGCCAAGACGCCUGUGCAGCUGCUAAUCAGCGUGCACUUGCUGACCUUUUACCAGCAGGCCGGUGCCGCCCUGGGCGCGGUGGCCUUCUUCACCUCGACGGCCCGGUGCUUCGACGUGCUUUCGGAUCCGUUGAUGGCCCAGGUCUCGGAUGGCUUCAGCUCGCGCUUCGGGCGAAGGCGGCCCUUCGUGUUGGUGGGAUCGGUGCUUUAUGCGCUGUGCCUGGUGGCUUUGUGCUCGCCUCCUUCUUCGAUGUCAGCAGAGAACACUGGUCUCUGGUUUGGUUGCUUCUACAUUUUGUUCUUUCUGACGGACACGAUCACUGCCAUCCCUCACAAUGCCUUGGGGCAAGAGAUCACCUCAGACACCGACCAACGGCGCCUGGUUUUCAUGGUCGCAAAGAUCUACCAGGCCUUCGGGAUGAUCGCCGCGGCGGCUCUGCCGGUGCUCCUGGGGAACCUGCUGAGCGCCUGCCACUUACCACCGGAGUGCGACGGAAGCGAGCAAGAGGUGCGCUGUGCAGAGCUCGAACGGGAGUGUGAUGGACUGCAGAGCCGGCGUUCGAUCCUGGCGACCGGCCUGAUCUUCGGCGCCGUGGCGGUCCUGUCAGGCCUCUCCUGUGUGCUCUUCAUCCGGGAGAGGAAAGCUGACGCUUCUCGCGCUGGCGCCCCGUUGCUGGAAGGGCCCUCCGUGACUGAGAGGCCUUCGAAACUCGAUGAGAUACUUCCUGGGUUUCUUGCGAUGCUGCAGAAUCGGCCUUUUCGAGCCAUGGUGAUCCCGUGGGUCUUGGACCAGACCAUCGUGGCAAUGCUCUCCUCCUUGCUGCCCUUCUACGUGCAGUACGUCAUCUCGCCGGAGGAGAUUUGCGAAGAUAGCGAUCCGCCGAUCCCCAUCACGAGCAUGCGCUGCAGCUCCCGGAUGCUGCUUGGCAUUGGGUUGGUUUGCAUGCUGCUGGCCGCUAUCGGAUCUAUGCCCCUAUGGCAGAAGGCAGCCAUGGGCUUUGGUGACUACAGGACAUGGCUCGCCUUCAACUUUCUCAAUGCGAUCACCACCAUCCUGUUCAUUUUGGGGCGCUCGAGCACUGUGGCCAUUGUCCUCACGAUCCUCUUUGCCAUCCUGAACGGGGCGCCCAUAGGAGCUAGCUUCCUGACGGACAACAUCCUGGGCUUGGUCAUCGACUACGAUGAGCUGCGCACCGGGACUCGCAGCGAGGCCACCUUCACGAUGUUCGCCAGCUUCAUCCCUAAGGUGGUGAGCGUCCCGGCGUCCGCCUUCCCGUUGACGCUGCUGGCCUUGAUGGGCUUCCGGGACCCCGUGCAGGGCGAGCUGCAGACGCAGACGGACGCUGUGCAGUGGGGUAUCCGGAUCAUGUUCUCGGUGGUGCCUACGAUCCUGGCGUUGACCAGCUUUACGCUCAAAAGCUUGCAUUUUCCCUUCAAGGACUUGGCCAAGGCGGAUGCGGAGAUCAAAGCGGGCUUGGCCUUGCGAAAGCUUGGAGAGCCGUACCGCGACCCCUUGGAUGCGAGUUACAGGCAUCCGGACCACGCGUCCGAGACGCCCAGAAGGGUGGGCACCCUCUUGGAUCACUUCCCAGGGGUCGAGGUGCUCGAGCGGCUCCGCGCCGAGGGCGCCGCUUUCUUGAAGUGGCGCUGCCUGCGGCAGCUGGCAGGGCUACUGAGCUUGGCGUUUGCUUGUGGCCUAUGCACUGGCCUCACUAUGGUCUUGGGCUAUCUGAAUAACAACAAGCUCAGUUGGCUUCCGUCCAUCUUGGUGCUGCUGACGGGCUUAGGUAUCCUCUUCAGCCUCGUGGCCGGCCUGCGCUUGCGGGCGGCGCUCGCACUGGAAAAGCUGCUUCUAGAGCUGGGCGUGGAGGUGGUCGAGGCGACCAGCACCCGGCGGCGUGCCUUGCAGCAGGGCGACCUGUCGCCCCACGUGGUGGAGCGGAUCGCCGUCUGGACGGCGGAAGCGCAAAGCUUUGCCGCCCAUCAGCGCUCCGUGAUGUCGGUGGUGUCAGCACCUUCAGUGCCAGGCAGCACCAGUAGCAGUAGCCAGGAGCACAGCUGA